AUGCUUAGCAAUGCGAAGAAAAUAAAUUAUUUAAAAAAAAUCCUAUAUAGAGAAAAAGGAAAAAAAAAAAAAAGAAAUUUUAAUAAUUGCAAAAAAGUUUAUUACAACAAUAUAUACAGCGAAAAGGUAUCUUUUUCAUAUAAAAAUAAGAGACUAAUACAAAUAAUAGAAUUAUAUAAAAAAGAAAGAAGUAUUUUUUUUAUUAAUCAUCAUUUGAAUAUUAAAAAAUGGAACACAGGGAAGGAGUUACCCAUCGGAAGUGGCAACAUAAAAAGCCUAAUUCUACAUCACUCUGACAAGAAUAGUAAAAGUUUUAACAAUGAGGAUGGAACUAACGGAGCGAGCAGUAAUAGUGAUGUACAUACGUGUGUGAGAUCUUACAUCAAAAGACAUGAUUAUAUAGAUGAUAAAAGUCAUAAAGAUGAUAAAGAUGAUUAUAGGUAUACGGCAAAAAAGCUGAAUUGCUUUAUGAAUGCACCAUCUUGUCCAAAAGUGAAGGUAGAUACAAAUAUGCCAGUAAAAGAAAUUAAAAAUAAUUAUAUCAAUAAGCUUAGUAAUGAGCAAAAUGAACCGGAUAUGUGUAAUUAUACUAAUGUGCAUGAGGGAAAGAAAAAAAAAAUAAUAAAAAAAAAAAAAAAAAAAGAGCUAUUUCAUAGUGCGGACAAAAAUGCAUAUCUCCUGUGGGCACAAGGACAGUACGCCGCUUUAAGGGAAAAAAAAAGCAUCAUUGCUGUAGAGAAGUAUGCAGAACAAUGUGAACGAAGUGAAAAUGAAAGAAACAAGUUAAUUAUAAAAUAUGAAAUGAGAAAUGUAAAUAACUUAAUGACGAUAUUAACGAAAUGUCAAGAGUACAACUAUGUAGACCAUACGUUAUAUGAUGAUAUAUAUAGCCUUUUAUUAUUAUAUUUAUGUAGGGAGAAAAAUAUAGAUUUAAAAGGAUUAAUAGAAAUUUCGCUUAUCUUUAUCAAAUUAAACUAUAUUAAUGAGGAAUAUUUUAAUUACCUAUUUUUACAUAUCUUAAGUUUGCAUAUCUUAUCAAAUGAUGACUUAGUACCAAUCCUCCGCAUACUUUCUUCUAUUAAAAAGAUAAGCAUUUUGCAUGUUUUAUUUUUAUAUAAAAGUAAUUUCAUGCUUGUACAUAGGUUGUAUUCGUUUUCUCUUUAUCAGUUGUAUAACAUACUAAACUGUUAUUUAAAAAUAUAUAAACAUAUGUGCAUUUUGAAAGAGCAUGAACAAUGUGCAGGUAAAAAUGAUCCACAUUUUUGCAAAAUUUCUGACAAUAUUAGGAGCGGUGAAAAAAUAAACUCCGAUGAUUUUGUAGCUUUUUAUAAAUUGAAUUUUGAAAAGGAAGGAGAUGAACAGACAAUAAUAAAGAAGAAAAAAAAUUCCAUUGAUUUUUUAUUUUUUCUUAUAGAUUGCUUGAAUAGGAAAAAAAUUACGAUAGAAAACAUAAGCAGGAUUGUAAAUACGUAUGAUUGUCUUCAGGAGCCUUUUUUUUCUUAUAUUAAGAAAAAGAUUGGAAAUUUUUUUUUGAAAAAAGUAAAAAGCGAAUAUGUCUUAUAUAACAGGGAUGAAAGGAAGUGCUUAUACAAAGUAAGAGAUUGUAUAUUACAAAAAAUUCAAAAAGAGAGUAAAAACAAAGAGACAGGAAAAAAUGAAGGAUACCCUUUGAAAAUAAACAGAACAGAUAGUCAUAUAGAAAAAGGCGAUUUAUAUAGGAGUAGCGUAAACUCCCCUAUUGUUCUCGAAAACAAUAUAUUAAGGAGUAAAUCAGCUUAUUGUGGGAUAAAGAAUUCGGAAAUUAUUCAACUAAAAUUAAUUAAAAAGUUGAAAAGAAAAAUAAGCGCCAGGGUAUUCAUACCCUUUAUAAUGAUACUCGACAAUGGUGGCUACAGGGUUAGCGGAGGGGCGGUAAGAGGCGUAUGCAGAACUGGAUACGGCAGCACAGCUAGUAGAGCCCACGAAAACGCAUGCAUAAGUGGAAGUAAUCUGUACGACUUCUUCUACUACAACUACAAACACAUGAAUUUAAUGUUUGACCCGAAAAAUUUGGUGAUAACAUUGAGCUGUUUUUCUAAGAAAUGCAGAAUUUUGAGCGAUGAAGUUCUGAACAUGUUAACUGACUUGAUUAAAAAAAAAAUAAAUUAUUUUAACCAUGAACAAAUUAUAGAUAUAAUGAACAGUUUUUCGAAUAUAAGAAAUGAUAAAAUAUCAAAUGGUAUUUUUAAUUUUUUGGCUAGGUUUUUAUUUGAUAAUAAUAAAAUAAUUUAUUUGAAAGAUAGGCACAUCAAUAUUUUACUGAACGUGUUAAUAAAAAAAAAGUAUUUUAUAAAUGAAGACGUAAUUCAUUUUAUAUGCAAUUUUGUUGUAAAUCAUAAACCCUAUUAUAAAAAUUUUAAGAACAUUUAUAUUUAUUUUUUUUUUCAUUUCCACUUUAAUAAAUUAAAUGAUCAUUUUUUAAAUUCAAUGUAUUAUUCUCUUCUUAGUAAAAAAAGUCCUAUUAGCAAUUUUGAAAACUUAAAUAAAGCUUUUUCAUGCACAUUAGUAUUGUCAAGUAAUGUAAAAUAUCAAAAGAAAAUUUUUGAACUAAUUGGUACCUCUGUAUUGUGCAUUUUGAAAAAAAUUAACUUAGAAAGUAACACCAUAUGCCCAAAAUAUUUGAAAAGUAUUGUUGAUUUUAUUUUUUAUUUUAAUAGUUCAAUAACGAAAGAGGUUUAUAAGGGGUAUGAAAGUGGUUUAAAAAAAAUAAGAAAAUUAUCUCAAUCAAAUGGCACUAUUCAUUUUAUUCAUAAUACAAUAUACUGCAAAAAAAUGAAGAGAGGAAGUAAUUAUAACUCGUGUAGAAUAGGGGGGAGAGUGGAAAAGAAAAAAAAAAAGAUGCUACUUUACUAUUGCACCAACUCUUACAAUAACAUAUACUAUAUGACUGCUUCGUUCGAUGUGAGAAUAUUCAUUUUAAUUAAAAAAAUUUUUGACAAAAUUUUUAAACAGGAAAAAUGCACAACCAUCAGCAGCGAAUACAUUAUUCUUUUGAUAAAAACAAUGUCUAACUUAAGUGAAUUACAGAAAAAAAUUAUGCAUAUAAAGAAAAGCUACACCUAUUUCUACAUAAACCAAAAAUGGAUUAGUAAGAAGAACAAAUUUACAAAUUGCUAUUUUUUAAAAAUAAUUAAUGAAAUUAGAAACAAUAUUUUGCUGUUCUUACACGACGCUGAUAAAGAAAAAAUAUUUUUUUCCAAUAUUUGUAUGUUAAGAAGUAACUACAUAUUUGAGUACCUCAAUAACGAAGAACCCAUAUGUUCAUAUAUUCGGAAAAGCAUAGAUGAAAUAAAAAAAAAAAAAAAAGUUAGUACAUCUCAUGUUAUUUUGCUCAUGUAUUUUUUAAGUGCUUAUAAAAUUGAUGAAAUAAUUUUAACUAACAGAAGCAUAAAAUUGAAAGAGAAUUGUUCUAAUCAGGGUGGACGGCGAGCAGAGCUGGAAAAGUUAGAGAGAAGCCUGAUAGAAGCCUUUUUGGAGGUCAACAAGUUGAAAAACACUGAAGACAAAAGAGAGGAGUUAAUUUCGUUUAUUUAUAACGAGAAAAAAAGAAAAAAAUCUAGAGUAAAGAAUGUGAUAAAAAAUUUUCUUUUAACGUAUAAAUUUACAGAUUAUAACUACUUAGCAAAAUUUCAAUAUAAAAAAAAUGUGUACAUGAACAGAAUAUUUAAUAAAUAUGUGGAAAAAAAAAUGCUAAAAAGAAGAAUAAAAAAAAUGGAUGAUAUGGCUAAGUUAAAUGAUAGUUUUAAAAAUAUAAAUAAAUAUAAUAAAUAUUUAAUAUAUAUAUUUCUGAAAAAAUGGAAAAAAUAUUUAAUACUCAAGUCUACUAGCCAUUCUGGACAUAUAAAUGAAAAUAAUUUAAUUGAGUUAUUGCUUAGUGCUAUUAUGGUAUCCAUCAGAUAUGUUAUAGGUAACCAAAACAGCAACAAUCAUUUUUCUCUUUAUGAAAAAUUAAUCAUAUUCGUAUUAAACCAAAUGAUACUUUUAAAAAAACCCAAAAUAGUUAACAUUAAUUAUCAUAUAUAUUUUAAACUCAUCUUAUGUAUUAAUGCUCUGAAAUAUAUGUUUCAUAAGUUGUUUCGAAAUUAUUUUUAUAUUUUAAUGUAUUGGAAAAAAGUAAUUGGCAAAAAUAUAGGAAAUGAAAAAACUCUUCGGAAUUAUUUGGAUUAUGUAAAAAGUGAAGCAAUAAAUGAGAAAGAAAAGUUAAACAUUGUGAGUAUGUCCACAAAUCGGGAGGACAGCAUAAACAGAAUUCCACAAAGUUGCACACGUGAUAAUAUUUCAUUAAACGAAAAAAUAAAAAAUAGUAAAAUUAAUGUACAUAAUUGUUCUUUCUUAAAUUUAUUAGAUUAUCCAUGUAUUUCCCAAACAAGAUACAAUUAUAAAUUAAGAGAAAAUAAAUAUCCAUCUUUUGAAAAUAAAUUUUAUUUCAAAAAUUAUAGUUGCUAUAAGAAUAUUGUUCAUCAUAAUAUUUAUGAACAGUUCCGGUUUUUACAAAAUAACUCUCAUACACUUUACUUGUAUAUCAUGUAUUUAAAGAAAAGGUUAAUGAAAAAGAGUAAUCAACAAAAAAGGAAAAAAAAAAAAAGAAAUUUUAAAGAUAAAAUAAACCUAAAGUGUAACAAAAAUAAAAGCAUAUUAUUCAAAAAUAAUUUUAAAAUACUUGAUGUGAAAAAAAUAGAAUUUUUUCAUAAUCAUAUAAUACAGGUUGACACAUAUAAAAACGACAAUACAAAUGUCAACACCCAUUUUUUCUUUAUAUAUUCCUCCUUUAACGUGAACACAAUAAUAGCAGAUAAUAUAAAUAACAGUACGCAAACCAAAAAAAACAAGGAGCAAACAUUUUUUAAAAGAGAGUUCUCUUUAACAUUGUUUUUAGCACAAAUCAUUUUACACAAGAAGUACCUGACUGGGUUUAAUUUAAUUCCCAUAUGCUAUGAUGAGCUAAACAACAUUCAUAGUAAAAAAUCCCUUUAUAUAUAUUUAUCAACAAAACUGCAAAGUUGA